UGCCAAGUGAGAGAUGACUGCUGUCACGUGGUGCGACUAUUUGAAUCCUCUGUCCAUUCCCAGUCCAGUCUCUCCUCAAACUCAGUUUCCUCAGGCUCCCAGCCGGGGGACCACUCUGCAGACAUGGCUGGAUCUAGGAAGCUCGCUUAAGACUCGCAACUGCUCGUUCACUCUUCCCUAAUCUCAUCAUUGUUCUGUACAGUGGCGGGCAGAAUGGAGCUCCUCAUUUACACAACUUUCUGCGGAUUUUUAGCGUCCACAGGGCUUGGCUUUCAAAUCCAGUGUUACCAAUGUGAAGAAUUCCGAUUAAAUGAUGAUUGUUCGUCCCCGGAGUUUAUAGCAAACUGUACAGUCAACGUGCAAGACAUGUGUCUGAAAGAAGUGAUUGUCAAAAGUGACGGAGUUAUGUAUCGAAAGUCUUGCGCUGCUUCUACGUCUUGCCUCAUUACAUCAGCAGGCUAUCAGUCAUUUUGUUCUCCAGGAAAGGUGGGAUCUGUGUGCAUCAGCUGUUGCAACAGUCCACUCUGUAAUGGACCCCGUCCCAGAAGAAGAGGAAGCUCAGCAAUGUCUUCAAAAGCAAGCCUAAAACUUGUAGCUGCUGUUGGAAUACUCACAUCAGCAAUUCUUCCAACAUAAACACAUAAAAUGAAGGAAACUCAAGUGUCAUUAUUGGUGUAGGAGUUCUGACAUUUCCUACCUUGCUUUGCUGUCUACAUUUCACAUGCUGUGCAACAGCUUACAUUAAAAAUAACUGACAAUCACCAUCCAAAAACAUUAAAAGACCAUAUUCUUGACACAGAGACAAUUGCCAAUUCCAUGGUUGCUUUAUUGAAAUUUCACAUGCUAUUAUAAAAAUGACUUUUGGAAGAAUCACUAACAGCACUUUGAAAAUUUUCUCUGUGGUUUUUGCCUGAUAUAGUUACACUUUAUAAAAGCUUCAUAUCUCAGUUUCAUUGACUCCAUUUGGUUGCUGCUUUAGGUGUAGCUCAGAUAUUAUUUCUGGGGAAAGAAGCUUUGAGUUAGUGUUCAACAAGCUGGGCCCUGAAACUGAGUCAGCAGAGUUAAAUCCAUCUGGCUUUGUUGUUUGGGUCUCGCAGUUUUGAUGUGACAAUGGCUCAAGCUCAACAUCUGUGUCCUUCAUCACAGUGUUCGAAAGGUUUUUGUUGCUUUUCCGACGUGGAGAGCUGUAUUUGAGUGUGGCAUGGAGCAAUGACCUUGUGGACUGAGUAGUGUUACCUUUGGGAUUGGCUUGGGUUCUCCUUAGUGUCUGCAUGUUUACAUGCUCUAUAGAGUUACAACGCAGCACCUGCAUGAAAACUGCCCUGAACUGCUUAGAGGACAGAUUAUACAGCAGUGGAUUUAAUACUGAGCUGAGAUAAAAUAAAGUAUCUGAAAUAGGCAAUAGGGUUACAAAAGUUCUGAAAUAUACCGUUGUCCACUGUGACUUUUCUUUGGCUGCUGCCAUGAUACGACGAAUUUGCAAUGGGGUCCAACACACAGCUAGGGCAACCACAAUGAGCACUGUAGAAAGAAAACAAAAUGUUUCUGCAAAACUCUUACAGUAUCACCUCUGUUCAUAAAGCAUACAUUCGAAUGAGCCAUUGAAGCAUUGACCUACUUCCCUAAGGUUAGAAUCUACCAGAAGCCAGAUUAGUCAUGCAUCAGCUCUGAAAUGGUGCAGAGAAGAAUGCAUGGGAAGUAUUUGCAGUGCAGAUACAUGCUAACUAUAUAUUUUAGUCCUGCUUCCAUGUACUGUGUACUUAAAGAACUCAAGUGACUUAUUAAAAUGAUGGUGUGAAUAAAUAUCAGCAAGAGCAAACUCUGAUGUGAACUCUCACAUGAAACACAGUUUUCAUAUUAUUGAUAUGCUUUAUUGAGCUCUAAGGUAACAAUUUGAGUGAUAUUAUCAACUUGCCAUUAUAGUAACAAAUGAAGCCAGUCAAUGAACAGUACCAAUAGUCAGUUCAGCAUGUACUGUAAGCUUAUUUUUUCCUUUGACUCAAUUUCAGUGUACAUCAAACAGGGAGGGGAUUAAGCAAUCAGAAUACCCACCUACUGCUAUCCAUGAAAGUUACAAACCAUUUAGUGGUCAGGAUUUGCUUGCAGUGAAUUGGUCAGUUGCCUGUGCAGGCAAAUUAUACUUUUCUAUGUGCAAGUUCAGAAAGAAGCAGAGACAUUUCAUCAUGGCAUGUUCCUAUUUCAACUUUAAAGUUAUUUUUCCUAAAGGUGGGAAAUAACAAUGUUCAGAAGUGAAAGAUUGGAGGUUAGGGAUAAUAAAGCUAGAUGGCGAGCAAGGAUAUAUUAACUAAACCACAUACACACACACACUCACACACACACACACAUUAGGUGCUGUACAUUUCUAUGACUACAUAUAAUAUAGUUUUACAUCUCUAUGACUCUCUAUCUAUAUAUAUAUCUACACACACAUGUACAAUAUAGCUUUCACUUUGAGUCCCUGCAGUUACCAGAGAGAACAAACAUCCAUCCCUGAAACUGUUUUGGAAUAAACUCCAGAUAGCAGAGGCCAAAGGAAAGUGCAUAAAUACACAACACCAUCCAAUUAUCUCUGAGUGAUUGCAUUUAACAAAAUAUAUAACAAAUUUAAGUAAAAUAUAUCAUGAUGAAAUUUGUAAUAGAAUUUUCACUUCCAUUCACAAAGCUGACUAAAACCUGGUCAUAAAUUAUUACCUUUACUAUAUAAUAACUUGCAUACUUUAGUGAAAUAGUUCCUGUUUGUUUAAUGGCCAGUACUGUACUAUUACCAUCAUCCUUCAGGAAUGAUAGAAUUACCUCUGGUGCUGAUGAACAAUAUCUGCCUGAGGCAGUUAUUUUACUGUGUAACAUCUUCUAAAGCUUAUUUCAGCACUUUUAUUGGAUUUUCAACAGCUGCUAUAUUUUAUACAUUACAACUAGAGAAAAAGAUAUUUAGAACUGUGAAAUUAAUCCAAUUACAGAGAUACAAAAGAACUAAGAAACAAAAAAAAUGCCAGAGUUGCAGUAAUAGAUCUAGUCUGUCACUUCAUAAUGAUAUAUUCCUGCUUCUAAUUUACUGCAAUGAAAGGGAAAUCUAGUUUACUGACAGUCCAGUGAAUCAUUCACAUUUAUUAAUGACAAACAAUAACUGUUUAUCAUUUUGCCUAUUAUUAAAACAGAAUGGUAUAUCAGUUAACAAAAUAUUUUACCAUAAACCUGUAUAUAUUCUUUCAAAAUGAAAUUGAUUUCUCCUAUUUAUCGAUUGGUUUAAUUUGUUACUAUACUGUUAAAAAGAUUUUAUUGAAAGUAGUUCAACAAGUGGAGGAAUGUUGUGGAAGAACCACUCCAAAUUGAUUCUGGGACACUGCUACAUAUGUGAUAAUUCACAAAGCCUCAAAAUGUGUUAUUUUGUUAAAUUUGAUAUGGUUGGUAUACAAUCAUUAAAAGAGUAUGAACUAAGAUAAUUAUUGAUUUGAUUACAUUGGUGUUAUUCUCCUUAAUUCCAUAUAUGUCUGACAUAAAAUUUGGUUAAUAAAAGAAGAAAACCCAGAAUCACAUU